AUGUCAGGCUCCUAUGUUGAUUGCGCGGGUCUUGCUGAAGAAUGGGAUGGCAUGGAAACCAUUCGCAAUCGGCUUCGCAAAGGUGAGCAUUUACUGUCAGAGAAAGGAGGGAAGGAUGUUAAGAUUCCACGUUGUGUGGAAAACUAUGAUGUGCUCACUCCAAUCUUGGUGCAGAUUGCCACUGGCUGCCGUCUUGCGGAGAUUGAUGGUCUAAGGGAUUCAGUAGCUCAAGCAUACCGUAUCAACCACCAGGAGGCAGAUGACCACAAGGUCGAUGAUGCUGCCUGGGGUAUUCGGGAUAUGGUGACCUUCAUCAAGAAAAAGACGCAAAGACGCGAGCCCAGCAAGGACCCAGUCUUCCAAUCUUUGUGCAUCCUGCUGAACCCGGGCUUGGAGGCUGACACUGGGCGCGAGCAAACUGACCUUGAGAAAGGUCGCAAUGCCGGUGCUGGCCCGGAAGGGGUUGCCGUGGUGAGUCCGCCAACAAGAGUUCCAUCACCCCAACAGAAAGAUCUCCCGGCUGUCCCUGCUGCCACUGUGGGUGAAGCUCCUGCAGUGGUUGCAGCUGCUGAGAAGCAAGUGCAGAUCCGGCAGAAGAGGGAGCUCCUUGCAAGUGCAGCCUCAUCUGCGGCCAAGCCUGCUGCGCGUGAAGCUGCAGAGCUUCAGGGAGGACGCUCCACCCCACACUUUGCGCCAGACAACGUGGAGACUCAGAAGUACCAAGGCCGAGGUGAAGGGGAGAAGACAGUCCAUUAUGUCAGUUCAGAUCUCGACGACCAUGAUUCUCAACUACCUGAUGGUUACUUUGAGCAGAAGCUGCCCCCCAUCCCUGCGCCCAAAGAGGACGCACAGGCACUUGGUGUGGAAGCUGAGACUGGUGCUGACGUCUUUUGUCGGAGAGAUCAGCUUUCUCUGCGGAGCAAGGGAAAGGAUGCCAACAAGAACAAAAAGAAUGCGAAGAAGAAUGCCAAAGAACCACCGAUCGAGAAUGAGGACAAGGCUGACAUCAAGGGAGCCGCAAAGACCAAGAAGGGCAAGACUGCUACGAAGAAAACGGAGACUCCUGAGAGUGCAGCGAAGGCCAGCAGUAGUAGACGGGCAAAGAAGGGCGAUGACAAGUCAUCGACUUCAGCAAAGGCAAAGGCUGCCCCAGGUCGGCGGCAGUCGCAGAGCAAGCGCAAGGCGGGCAACAGUGAUGAUACAUCAAAGCCUCCGAAGCGGAAGCAAACUCCAAAAGUGUCCGAUGGGAAGCAGUACCCGCAACAGCAAGAGGACAUCAUAGGGUGGGUCCAACACAACAACUUGGAUUGGCAGGGAGAUUUGGACUCUUUCAAGGCAAGUGUGAAGCUGGCCAGGUCCCAGUAUACAUACUUCCGUCUCAGUAUCUACUGGAAGACCUUCGCUUGCGGCUUGGUCAUGAAGACCGGUGGCGGCCCCAAAGAAGUUGCGCACUUCAAGUUCGAGAGUACUCAGCGCGGAUGUUUAGCUGCGAUUGCUUGUGCUGAGUGCGCAGCAUACUACAUGGACGACUGCCCCGCUGACACCCUGGAGGAGUUUCAGGAAGAGCUUGACCUCGUCAAGCAAUCGCUCACUGAGGCUGCCAGCAUGGCUCCUCGGCGGGGCAGGCGGCCCCAGAUCUCGCACGCUCGCCGCGAGUUUAUCCUUCUAAUCCUUUUGGUGGUUUGGACCGGAGGGCUAUAUGAGCUGAAUCAGGUUUCCCGUAUUUCCUGGUGGAUGUCAUCAUUUGGGUCUGCAACUGCGAAGCCACAGUACGCAUACUCCAAUUCUCCAUCUAUUAGGAGGGUCCACCAGUACGCGCCUACUACCAGUGUUGAACGGACAGGAGAACAUGUGGAGACCUGCCGCGCAUACAAAAACAAAGAGGGGAGGGUAUGUUACACUGGAACCAAGAACUUGAAGAGCACAGAGAUAUAUCCUGAUCUUUUUGGCCUGACCAUAUCCGAGCUGGUUCCCCACCUGAAGGCGGACAAGUGUGGGAGCCCAAAGCUUCCAGACCUGUUGCCUCCAGCCAUUGACUCGAUUAGGAGAUCGACAUUCGGUCAUGGUAGUGGGCUCUUCGAUCACGCUGAUCUAAGCUCACCGUACAGGUACCUUAGGAAAGGUCAUCAUCUCUCCAUUCCCAAAGAAUGGGAGCGGGAAGUCCCCAAGUCGAUUUAG